AUGACACUUGUUCUGCGAUAUGUUGACAAAAAAGGUGAAGUAAUAGAGCGAUUUGUUGGUGUUAUCCAUGUUAGUGAUGCAUCUGCACAAUCAUUGAAGAAGUCAGUCUGUUCUUUUCUUUCAGAUCACUCUCUAAGUACGUCCCAAAUCCGUGGACAAGGUUAUGAUGGUGCAAUUACUAAUGUGUUGAAUAUUGUUAGAGCAUCUUAUAAGCGCAGGAAUUUGAUCAUUUUUGGUAAAGUGCACACAAGACGGGGAUUAAAUCAAGAACGUGGACUUCAACGACCAUGUGACACUCGUUGGGGUUCUCACUAUAAGACAUUAGAGAACUUUAUUGACAUAUUUCAAUCAAUUCUUUAUGUGCUUGGAUUUGCUGCACGUAAGUACCCAAAUUAUCUUGACAAACUUACAGCCGAAACUCUUGAGAAUACGAUUAAGGGGUUUGAUUUCUCUUUUAAGCUACACUUGAUAUUGAAAGUUCUAAUGAUAGCAAAUCAUUUGAACUCCUCGUUACAAAAAAUGGAUCAAGAUAUUGUCAAUGCUCUGGAACUACUCAAUACUGCAAAAUAA